AUGGCAUCUCACGUGGCCCGCCUCUCUGUCCGCCCCGACGACCAGUUCAGCACCGAAGUCAAGUCGCGCGACUUUGCAGACACCAACGGUGUCGCCGCCGCCGCCAUGCCCGCCUCCUCGUCGACCUGGAUCCCACAGCAGCUGCGCUUCCCAGCUGCAGUCUUGAUGACCUUCAGUCUGAGCUCGUUGCUUCUGACGCUUUCCUCGCCCGUGACAGGCCCAGAGCUGGCAGCUGUCAGCCGUGAUCUCACGACGGCAUGGCACAUCACUGCCAUGGUGAUCUGGAAGGUUGCAGAGCUGUGGAUCGCUUGGUACGCUUGUUACGAUUACCUCGAUCUGGCAUACCUCACCCUGCUGAACAAUGUACCCCACUACUUCCUCCUGAACACUUUCUACGGCAUCGACUUGUUCACGGCGAUCCUUCCACUCGCCAUUGACAUCAUCACGAUCACCCUCCCCUUCGCUGUCUUCCGCCGGCUCAACAGUGGCCAUGCCGACCCAGAAAGCAAGACGGUGAACCAACAGGUCGUUCAGGACAAGAGCAUUCAGACACUCGUCACCGUCUUUGGCUCUGCAGUCUACACUAUCGUUGUAUUCGCGUGCUUCAAGUCUUGGAUUCCGACAUACAUGGUCACCCACUUCGGUGGACUGAGGAGCCUUACAAAAGCGCAUGACGCGAAUGUCGUCUUGUUCCUGACGCUCUUCCUCCCAUUGGGCUUUGCGGCGUCUCAAUUCAUCUUCGUACCGGCAAUCGCAUCGGCUGUGAACCCAGGUCUCACAGACCCAAAUAUCGUACCAGAGAAGGUCCCAUUCAAUCCCCAGACCGCCACAUUGGGCCAAACGUUGGCGUACAAUCUGGGGUUUAGCGAGGCUGGAUUCACGCCACGGGCAGAGAUUGUGGCGAAGCGCACCCUGAUUUUGUCGGCGUGCUCGUUCACCAACUCUUUCGUCCGCGCGUACUUUGUGAUCGAGGGUACGGAGGUGUUUGGUGCUUUGGGAUGGGCAAGUGUAUGGGCACUGGCGGCUGGAAUCACCGGCGUCGGGUUCGCCUGGAUUGGGGACGAGUAA